UGUCCCUGUGUCACCAUGGUCUCCCUCCCUCUCUCCCCAGGUAUGCUGGAGGAUGGGAAGAAGUUUGAUUCCUCCCGCGACAGGAACAAGCCGUUCAAGUUCGUGAUGGGCAAGCAGGAGGUGAUCCGCGGCUGGGAGGAAGGAGUCGCUCAGAUGAGCGUUGGUCAACGGGCAAAGAUGACCAUCUCCCCAGAUUACGCCUACGGCUCUACUGGCCACCCAGGGAUCAUCCCACCAAAUGCCACUCUAAUUUUUGACGUGGAGCUCAUGAAAUUGGAAUGACCUACCCCAGCACCCUGUCCUCGGGUUUGGCACAUGGAGGAAUCCAGAAUCUCAGCUUCAAGAAGAGUGCACAUGACUUUGUACGGAGCUUUUCCUGAUAGUCCACUACACUCAUUGUAUAACCUUACACCUUGAUUGAAUGCCUUUGGUCACUAAGCUUUGCGUCUGACUCUUCCUCCUUGUAUCGUGUUUUUAUGUCUUUUUAAACUAUACGCCGUAAACCUCAACUCUUUUUUGGGUCAAGUUCUUAAUCUUAUUUUUUGUUCCAGGUGUAGACUAUCUUUUACCAGUAGCACGCAGAUGGGCUGACCUUAGAAAUAGGAAUCGUUUGAACGAAAGGAAACCUGUUAGUUACUGGUUUUGGUGCAGAUCUCUAUGGUGUUUUUAAAACCAGAAAUUGCUGCUGCUGCAAAAGCCAUAGCAGAGUGAGGCUGUCGAGGCUGAAUGGAUGCCGAGAGCAAAGUAGUGCUAGGAUUGUGUGUAGGUACCUGCCUGGAACCGGGGCGGCGAGGGAGCAGCCUCUCCUUUCCCUGUUUUCCCCCCCCGGGGAGGGUGCAGCAUCGCUGGGGGGGCACCGUGAGUUUGCUCCUGGGAAGAGGGGGCCACUCUGCCAUCUCAUGGUGGACCAACCCUCCUUCCUUCCUUCCUUCCUCCCCUCCUCCAGCCCGCUUUUGGAUUUACGGAGAUGGGUUCCCAUCAGAGCUCCACCACACCCUGAAAAUUCAGUAGUUUACAUUGAGCUUUCUUUAAAGGAAAAAAAAAAAAAAA